UGUCAAAAGAGAUUCAUUAGCUAUUUGACUAGUAAAAUCAAACUUAUAUAUAAGUUAUCAUGUAUUAGUGUAUGAUAGAUGUCGGUUUACUAUGGCUAUGAACCGCUUACGUUUGUGUAAUCCAGUGUAACAGUCACUAUAUAAGUGAUACAUUGUAUUCAAUUUUCAUCAACGAGAAUAACAGAAAGUCGGUUACAUUUUCGUUGAUGAAUAUUGAUACAAUGUAUCAUUUAUAUAGUGACUGUUACACCUGUUUACACAAACGUAACCGGUUCAUAACCAUAGUAAACCGACAUCUAUCAUACACUAAUAUCAUGUGAUGAUUUUCAUCAUUAUCUUCGUCAUAUUUCAUAUCUACCAAGAAACAAAAGGAACAAAGAAUGAAACAUAUACAGCAUUUACCUCUUCGAUCAAGUCAGCUAACUCCAGAGGACCCAUCGGAUGGUUCGUGCUCUGUUUCAUUCCAUUGUCAAUAUCUUCCUUAGUAGCCACCCUGAGUAAAGAGUGUGGAAAGCUUCAUUGAUCAUGCAUUGGCAUGAGGACCUGGUUCAUUUGCCAGAUUUUCUUCACAGGCUGGGCCUGACCUCUAAUAACCCAACUAGUUUCAAUGGGAAACAUUUCGAACGGCCUAAUAACAUGGACAAGCUCGAAAAAAAAACAUGGACCGAGCUUGGUUUUAGUCAUAAGUCAUUAGUAAUGCCAUUCUGAGGACGUGUCGAAACACUACACAUCAAUUAGUAAACGUGUCGUACACUGUCUACGUGUGGUUGGCCCAGCCAUGCACCGUUUCACUGACUUCCGCAAGCUUUGGAUCUUCGCUACGUACUCCAUAAGCAGUUGAGAUAAUGUGGGAAGCAAUAUAUCAAGUAAAAUCAAGUACACCAAAAAAAAAAUAACAAGAAAAGUAACUAUGUCGAUUAGGUUUUCAGUGAAGAGACUAGCAUUAGCAACGGUGACCAUUUCAAAAACUCAUGGCGGAGAUAUCUCCGGUUAUGUCCCCCGACAAGCUACCAUCCGCUUAUUCACUGCUUUUAGGCAAACGGAGCAAAGUUCAACGAACAUUACAAACGACGAUAGGUAUACAACCAGUUACGUGUCAGACAAGGCAAAAGAAGGAGUGAAGAAAGCGACGGAUGCAGCCUUGACCGGAGAUAACAUGAAGGAUGCGAUGGAUGGCGCCUGGAAAGCGGCGAAGGAAACGGGUCAAAACAUCAGCUAAGCAAUAGCGGGGGAUGAUGACCACAACGACAACGACAGGAUUCAAGAGGACAAGGUUGCUGUGGAACUGAAGGAUGUGAGUCAGCCUGUCGACACGACGAAGUAUAGAGGUGUGGAGGAGCUACGUCAGCAAACCGGCGGUGAAGAUAAGUCACCGUGAGAUAAUGUGUUAGGGUGUAUUUUUUCGUUGUUGUUUGUUUCAGUACUGAGGUGUUGCUCGUGGAAGGUUUAUGAAUAAACCGUUGCUAGAUUUGGUUAAACUUUGAUUUUAUUAGUCUAAACGAAAAAUAACAAUCGUUUUGAAGUUUGAGCAAAUUCUUUUGUACAUAUCUUCAAAAAUCGCUUAUAAUAUAUACAAACGUAAACACAUAA